UCUCUCUUUACUUUCACUUUUAAAAAGUACAUUUUCUCCCUUUUUUAUUUACAUUUUUUUUUCAAUCCAAGCUGUUUUGAAAACACUCAAAAUCGGUGCUUCUAAAAAUGCAUUUUCGUCAACUGAAGAAGAACCUUUUACACACCCGUGUGUGUGUGUGUGUGUGUGUGUGUGUGUGUGUGUGUGUGUGUGUGUGUGUGUGACAUUCAAGCAUGCCUCUACUUGGCAAACGUCUGCUGCGGCGGAGGAAUUGGGAAUCGGAGGCGCGCCCAAACAAGUUUCCCCCGUGGGCGAUUAAAGAGAUCUCUCUACGUCGGGGUACUCGAGACCGCCAUCAACCCUGUUUGUUUAUUACCCAGAAUGCAUUGGGAGGUGGAGCACUUCUCUGAGCUCCUGGACGACCUUUCCCAGGAUGCUUUGCUGGGCCAGCUGCUCAGCGACCCCUUCCUGUCGGGGGUGAGGGGCGGCGUGGAAGCCAUGGAGGGGGAGGACGGGUGCGACCUGUCCCCGUCCUCCCCGCUGCCCCCCCACAUCACGGCCGAGCACAGCUACUCGCUCUGUGGGGACAGCCGACCGCAGUCGCCCCUGUCGCACCUGACCGGUGAGCAAGGCAGCGACGCAGAGUCUGACGGGGACUCGGCCGAUUGGCCGAUGGAGCAGGAGGACGCCAUGGACGGCCUCCUGUGUGAGGCUCCUUCCCUCCUCCCCACCCUCGCCCUCUCCCUGGCGCCCGGCGAGGGGCCCCGGGCGCCCGAGGGCCCCGCCGUGGCCCCGCCCCCUACCGCCGCCCCGGCCCCGCCCCCGGCCGGCGGCCACAAGCAGGCCAAAGGCUUCAAGAUCAAAGAGGAGAACGUCGUCCCUCAGAUCAAACUGGAGCCUCAUGAAGUGGACCAGUUUCUCAACCUGUCACCCAAAGGCCUGGAGGCGCUGCAGAUGCCUCCCACUCCUCCCAGCUCCCACGGCAGCGACUCGGAGGGCAGCCAGAGCCCCGCCCACGCCCCCCCGGCCUGUCCUGCCCCGCCUCCCCCCCCCCCCCCCCCCCCCGCCCCCCCGGCCGGCCUGAAGGCGCCUCCUCGCGCCUCCUCCUCCCUCGCCAACUCGCCGCUGCUCACCGCCGCCCACAAGCUGCAGGGGUCGGGCCCGCUGAUGCUGACGGAGGAAGAGCGCCGCACGCUGGUGGCCGAAGGGUACCCCGUCCCCACCAAGCUGCCGCUCACCAAGGCCGAGGAGAAGGCGCUGAAGAAGAUCCGCCGCAAGAUCAAAAAUAAGAUUUCGGCUCAAGAGAGUCGCAGGAAGAAGAAAGAGUACAUGGACGCUCUGGAGAAGAAGGUGGAGACCUGCUCCAACGAAAACAACGAGCUGCGCAGGAAAGUGGAAACACUGGAGUGCACCAACAAGUCUCUGUUACAGCAGCUUCAGUCUCUUCAGGCGUUGGUGGCCGGAAAAGUCCCCAAAUCCUGCAGGAUGGCCGGUACCCAGACCUCAUCAUGCCUCAUGGUGGUGGUGUUGUGCUUCGCUCUGUUCUUGGGGAGUUUCUCUCCCGGUUCUUUGACUCCGUGUUCCACCGUCACUGAAACCGUCCUCACUCUCAAACAGCCGGACACGGACUCCUACACAACCACAGGGAAGUCGAGGAAUCUGCUCUCGACCUUCGAGGACGAGCAGCCGCACCUCCUCGGCCUGGGCGGGGCGUAUCCCGACCAAUGGGAGGAGACCACGGCCGUCGUCAUGGCGGCGUGGCGGCGCUCGGAGCAGCAGAAGGCGCCCGCGGAGGCCGACCCGGCGGAGACGCACCCGCCGUUCAGAAACGCCGGAAACGACACGCAGACGUCGAAGAAGCUGCUGCUGGACCUGCACAGGUCUCUGGAUCAGAGGACGGCUGACAGCAGCAAGGUGUUGGUCAACGAGACCUCCUGAGCUUCACGUCAACAACGAUGACCUUUGACCCCCGUUAGUGAGUGGUUCAGUGUCCUGGAGCAAACCUCAUCCAGUAGCUCCCACUGCUGAUUGUUCCAUUUCUGCUUAAUCAGACACACUGUAGUAACAAUAACAAUAAUAAUAAUAUUAAUAAUGAGGUGAAGUUGCACUGAAUAUUUUUUUUUACGCGAGUCAACUCAUCACUUGCAUCUGGAUUUAAUCACAUUGUGAUGAAUUAAAAAUGGAUAUAUUGAUUUUAUUCCAGUGGAAAGUUUAUAUUAAAAUAUGACGCGUGAGGCUUUUUACAGGACACUGACGCAGAACCUUUUGUAUUUAUAGAACCCUUUUUGUUUUUGUAGCUCUUUUUAAUAUUAAAUGUUUUUAUUCCAUUCCAGUGAGGCAUACAUCCCAUUUUGAUAUACGUGUUUUGUGGUCAUAAUAUAUUUUAUUGCAUUGUUCUCUUUUAUAUAUUGUUAUAUAUUCUCUUUACAUUUCAUACAUCGAGGUUCCUGCGCUCCUUUAAAAAAAAAAAAAA